AAAAAAACAAUUAUUGAUUUUUCGUUUGACAGAUCGCUUCAAAAGGAAAACAUCGAAUUCAGUUUUUUCUUCAUUUUGAAAUUAAAAAUUUAAUUAUUGCCGUGUUUACCUGAUAAAAAGUGUAGGUUCCAGUGUCUGUGAAUAUGAGUGAAAUACGACACCGGCGUGGUGACGGUGAUGGGCAUGACAAAGCUGAGAACACCGCAGGCGAAUCCGAUCAUGUGGAUUCUGAAGAAGAAAAGGUUUUAGAAGAAAAAUACGUAGACGAGCUAGCUAAGUCGCUACCUCAGGGUACCGAUAAGACGCCUGAGAUUUUGGAUUCAGCGCUUUCUGGACUGUCUUCCCGAUGGAGAAAUUGGGUGAUCAGAGGCAUCUUCACCUGGCUGAUGAUUGGGGGUUUCUGCUUGCUCAUCUAUGGUGGACCUUUAGCUUUAAUGAUAACAGUACUCUGUGUGCAAGUGAAAUGCUUUGAAGAGAUCAUCAACAUUGGCUAUGCAGUGUAUCGGGUCCAUGGGCUGCCAUGGUUCCGGUCCCUGUCAUGGUACUUCUUACUGACAUCUAACUACUUCUUCUAUGGAGAGAACCUGAUUGAUUACUUUGGGGUGGUGAUUAAUAGAACUGAUUACCUCAAGUUCCUGGUCACCUACCACCGUUUCAUCUCGUUCAGCCUCUACUGCUGUGGAUUCGUGUGGUUCGUGCUUUCUCUGGUGAAGCGUUACUACAUGCGCCAGUUCAGCCUCUUCGCCUGGACCCAUGUGGCUUUACUGAUCGUCGUCACCCAGAGCUAUCUUAUUAUACAGAACAUCUUUGAAGGUCUCAUCUGGUUCAUAGUGCCCGUGUCGAUGAUCAUCUGCAAUGACGUCAUGGCCUACGUGUUCGGUUUCUUCUUCGGAAAAACGCCGUUGAUCAAGCUUAGCCCGAAGAAAACCUGGGAAGGAUUUAUUGGCGGCGGCGUAUCUACGGUUGUGUUUGGGCUUGUGAUCUCCUACAUGAUGUCCCAGUAUCCAUACUUGGUGUGCCCGAUAGAGUAUUCGGAGUCCCUCGGGCGAAUGACCAUGGACUGUGAGCCGUCUCUCUUAUUCCGUCUGCAAGAUUACACGCCUCCUCAAUUCUUGCAACCCCUCAUGAAAAUGUUUGGUCGUGAGAAGUUCAAUAUGUACCCUUUCAUGAUCCACUCGCUUGCUCUCAGCAUCUUCAGUUCCGUCAUCGGACCAUUCGGAGGUUUCUUUGCUUCAGGAUUCAAACGAGCGUUUAAGAUCAAGGACUUUGGAGACGUGAUCCCCGGCCACGGCGGCAUCAUGGACCGCUUCGACUGCCAGUUCCUCAUGGCCACGUUCGUCAACGUGUACAUCACCAGCUUCAUCCGCACCGCGACGCCGCAGAAACUGCUGCAACAGGUGUACAAUCUGAAGCCGGAACAACAGUUGCAGCUAUUCUACGCUCUGAAAGAAUCGCUUGAAAACAGAAACAUACUAAACAUGGUACCAUAGAGAAAUCCAUACACAAAUACAGGUAUACACGUGUGUUUUGUUUAGUAAUAAAUUGACGUUAAUCGAAAUUGUAAGUGUUGUUUCACACUUGACAAAAUACCGUCGCGGUUCAAUGGAUGAAAAAAUAGCAAACGUGAGGAUA